GGUUGAAGCAGUGCUCCCUCCCACAAGCCCGGCAUGUAUAUAAACUCGGAACACUCCAAAGCCCACUGCCAGCUCUCUUCGUGGACUGAGUGCUGCGGCGGGAGCCUGAACAUGAUUCCUCUCUUAGUCUCUGCUCUGCUCCUGCUGAGUUCUGUUAACCCCGCAGAUGCCAACAGUUACUAUGACAAGGUGUUGGCUCACAGCCGCAUCAGGGGCCGGGACCAGGGCCCAAAUGUAUGUGCCCUCCAACAGAUUCUGGGCACCAAAAAGAAAUACUUCAGCUCUUGCAAGAACUGGUAUCAAGGUGCCAUCUGCGGAAAGAAAACAACUGUGCUGUAUGAAUGCUGCCCUGGUUAUAUGAGAAUGGAGGGAAUGAAAGGCUGCCCAGCAGUUAUGCCUAUUGACCACGUGUAUGGCACACUGGGUAUUGUGGGAGCCACCACAACUCAGCAUUAUUCUGAUGUCUCAAAACUGAGGGAAGAGAUUGAGGGAAAGGGAUCAUACACGUACUUUGCACCCAGCAACGAGGCAUGGGACAACUUGGACUCUGACAUCCGAAGAGGACUGGAGAACAAUGUGAAUGUUGAGUUACUGAAUGCUUUGCACAGCCACAUGGUUAAUAAGAGAAUGUUGACUAAGGACUUAAAACAUGGCAUGGUGAUUCCCUCAAUGUACAACAACCUAGGGCUUUUCAUUAACCAUUAUCCUAAUGGGGUUGUUACUGUUAAUUGUGCUCGAGUCAUCCAUGGGAACCAGAUUGCAACCAAUGGCGUUGUACAUGUCAUUGACCGUGUCCUUACCCAAAUUGGUACCUCAAUCCAAGACUUCAUUGAAGCAGAAGAUGAGCUCUCAUCUUUCAGAGCAGCUGCCAUCACAUCAGACCUGCUGGAGUCCCUUGGAAGAGAUGGUCAUUUCACACUCUUUGCUCCUACCAACGAGGCUUUUGAGAAACUCCCACGAGGAGUCCUAGAAAGGAUCAUGGGAGACAAAGUGGCUUCUGAAGCACUCAUGAAGUACCACAUUUUAAAUACUCUCCAGUGUUCUGAGGCCAUUACAGGAGGAGCUGUGUUUGAGACGAUGGAAGGAAACACGAUAGAGAUAGGAUGUGAAGGUGACAGCGUCACAAUAAAUGGAAUCAAAAUGGUGAAACAAAAAGAUAUUGUCACCAAGAAUGGUGUGAUCCAUUUGAUUGAUGAGGUCCUCAUUCCCGAUUCCGCGAAGCAAGUUAUGGAACUGGCUGGAAAACAGCAAACCACAUUCACAGACUUGGUGGCCCAAUUAGGCUUGGCGUCUUCUCUGAAGCCAGAUGGAGAAUACACUUUGUUGGCACCUGUGAACAAUGCCUUUUCUGAUGACACCCUAAGCAUGGAUCAGCGCCUUCUUAAAUUAAUUCUUCAGAAUCACAUAUUGAAAGUAAAAGUUGGCCUUAGUGACCUCUACAAUGGACAGAUACUGGAGACCAUCGGAGGCAAACAACUCAGAGUCUUCGUGUAUCGUACUGCUAUCUGCAUUGAAAAUUCAUGUAUGGUGAGAGGAAGCAAGCAAGGGAGGAAUGGUGCAAUUCACAUAUUCCGAGAAAUCAUUCAGCCAGCAGAGAAAUCGCUACAUGAUAAGCUAAGGCAGGAUAAGCGUUUCAGUAUCUUCCUCAGCCUUCUGGAAGCUGCAGACUUGAGAGAUCUCUUAACACAGCCUGGUGAUUGGACCUUAUUUGCACCAACCAAUGAUGCCUUUAAGGGAAUGACUAACGAAGAACGGGAAAUUCUGAUUAGGGACAAAAAUGCUCUUCAAAACAUCAUCCUAUACCACCUGACCCCAGGAGUUUAUAUUGGAAAGGGCUUUGAACCAGGUGUCACAAACAUCCUAAAGACCACACAAGGCAGCAAAAUCUACCUGAAAGGAGUAAAUGAAACACUUCUGGUGAAUGAAUUGAAGUCCAAAGAAUCAGACAUCAUGACAACCAACGGUGUCAUUCACGUUGUAGAUAAACUCCUCUAUCCAGCAGACAUACCUGUUGGAAAUGAUCAGCUGUUGGACAUACUGAAUAAACUGAUUAAAUACAUCCAAAUCAAGUUUGUUCGUGGUAGUACCUUCAAAGAAAUCCCCAUGACUGUCUAUACAACUAAAAUUAUAACCAAAGUUGUGGAACCAAAAAUUAAAGUGAUUCAAGGCAGUCUCCAGCCUAUUAUCAAAACUGAAGGACCUGCAAUGACAAAGAUCCAAAUUGAAGGAGAGCCUGACUUCACAAGGAUUAAUGAAGGUGAAACAGUAACAACAGAGGUGAUCCAUGGAGAGCCAAUCAUUAAAAAGUACACCAAAAUCAUAGAUGGAGUACCUGUGGAAAUAACCGAAAAACAGACUCGGGAAGAACGAAUCAUUACAGGUCCUGAGAUAAAAUACACCAGGAUUUCUGCCGGAGGUGGAGGAGAAACAGAAGAAACUCUAAAGAAAUUGUUUCAAGAAGAGGUCUCCAAGGUCACCAAAUUCAUUGAAGGUGGUGAUGGGCAUUUAUUUGAAGACGAAGAAAUUAAAAGGCUGCUUCAGGGAGACACCCCCGUGAGGAAGAUCCAAGCCAACAAAAGGAUUCAAGGACCUCGAAGACGAUCAAGGGAAGGUCGUUCUCAGUGAAAAUCCGAAGUCCAGACAAAAAAGUUUAUACAAUCUUAAGUCAACAACCUGACUUUCAGGGAAACUUGUGAGAAACAUGUUGACUUCAGGACCUGGAAUGUGAGCACCAGAAACAAAUCAAACAGUUCUGAACACACAUUUGAUUUCCUUUCUUUUUCUUUUUCUGGAUGGAAAGCAAGAGAGAAAUGGUAGGGCUAGCAUCCUGUGGGAUAGGAACUGAAAUAAAUAUAGCACCUUACAGGGUUGUUAUGGUUCUGUCAACUGGGAAAUCUAUCGAAAAAAAAAAAAAAAUCCUUAUGACUGUUCGCCAAAGCUCAAAUCUAAGAGUGGUGAGUUUCGUCUUCUUGAGAAGAGCAAGCCUUGGCAUAUGCAAUGGAAAAGUCCAAAGUACGCAGUUACCUCUCCAUGGGAAGCUAGAUUAUAAAGAUGGGUGCUCAGUAUAUAAAAAGCAAACAUACAAAUAAAGCAUGUUACAACCAAUGGCUUUAUACAUUUCUAAUAUAAUGUGAGUUUACAGGUAAAUUUUGUUAUUUUAACAACCAGUUUUGUACUCUCUAAAUGUUUGCCAUAUGCUUAUUGCAACACAUAUGUUUUAUCUCAAACAUGUCAAUAAAAUCAUUCUUCAGGUAUAAAGAGAAUUACUUCAAAUUGGGUAAUUCAUAAAACUCAAGGUUUAAAUUAAAAAUCAGUUUGGACUUGGGAAUAGGACUUUAUACCUCCUUUAUUGUUAAUAAGUACUCAAUAAAUGACAUUGAAUGAAA